GUUAAGUCUUGUGGAUCAUCACCAUGGACGAACGUCUGUGACCGUUGCAACAGCCAUUUUUCAUUCAUUUUCAUUGCUUCGUAAGAUCGAAACUCCAAAAAGACUAUURCGUUUCAUGCUAUCUGACGGAUUGUCCAUUUCAACGAGAGACRAGCACCAAAAUAGGAGACAAUGACGACUAUUCGGUAAGUCCGAACUACCAAUGCGGURCUCMAAUGGGAKUCAAUAGGUGCAACAAUCUACUGUCAAAGAGAAAAGGAAUCAGCUGGAAGAAACAACAAAAACUCGURUUUUUGCUGAAUCGUCACAUUGCCGAGAAAGCUUGUUGGUACACUGAGUGGAUCAUUAGUCCUKCUAAUGGAUCUCUKYCACCUGCAAUUGUMACGGUCAAAGGAUYAGYCGGUUUGGAUCAUCAAUCUGCUUCAAGAACUUUACAAAUUCUAAUAAUUUUCUACUCCCAACUCUCUUGCUAUCCACAUUCACGUUUCUUUUUGGUUGUCGCACCAAAUACCUUUCCCUCCAAUCGUCGCAAACAAUCACAUCAUUAUUUCAUUACCAAAAGCUACUUCGUUCCGGAAGAUGGCGACAUCGAAUCAGAGCCAAACGUCUUCUUGGCCCCCAAAUCCCGCCAUCCCAACAGCCCGCCAACCUUUGGACAGAUCCGGGAUGCCUUUCCGUURCCGGGCCAGUACCACUUUCGUUUCAAGUCGGCCCUGGUACCCGGGACCGACCGCGAGAAGCACGCCCUACCCGUUUGGAUGGAUGUUGUUGAGGAACGCCAGCCGGUCCCGAUCUGGAAGGGYGGAAUCGUAGUCAAGGUCUCCCGGGUCAGCAUGGAGGAGGACGAUGACGACGACGACGAUGAUUUCCAUGGGCACCACCAGGCAGCACCAGUAGCAACACAUGCUCCCCCGGCUCCUGMUCCAGCGCCAACCCCUGCACAYCGRCCCGCACCCUCCGUCGCUUCCAGCGGUUCSAUCGAUGAUCUUUUCGGRUCGACGGCGACUGCUCCUGCCCCUAGCACCGGUGGUUCGCUCCUAGACUUYAACGAYCACCACACCCCCGUCGCAAGUACAGCGCACAACGACUUUUUGGGCAUGACGACUCCUCCCCCGUCUGGUAUCCAAUCGGCGCCCGCCAGUGGAGGCUAUCACGGAAAUCCUAACAUGUAUGCCGCACAGCAACCGCAAAUGCACCCACAGCAGCAGCARCAACAAAUGCGACAACCCCAGCAGCAACAGUUCCAGAGUUUUUCGUCACAAGGACAACCACAAGGCCAACAGGGUGCCUUUGGUGAUUUGCAGUGGAGCUAAUUCUUUGGUUUAGUCAAGUGAACGAUGGUGUUUUGAAGUGGCGRAGAGAAUGAGCGGAAGAGGAUUUGAUUGCGGCAAAGGACAGCCCGUGAAAAAAUCGGUUCCGUUUUUAUCAGCAGCAAACCAACAAAACCUUACCAUCUCGGGAUGAAUUAGUUCAGCAUUUAGAAUUGAAGKUAUUACAAGCAUAUCCUCGAGUUAAAAUACUCGAUUACAAUAGAGGAGGGCACAGCAUGCUGAUAAAUACCUCCUUGUACUGCAGCGCAAUGCUUUUAGUAGUAGUAUUGCAACUUAACAACAGUGAAACACAAAUUACUAUUAUCUAAGCUUUCCAGAUACAUGCACAUGAUAGGACUACAAGUCAUGAAGAAAUUGUUGUUAAAGCUGUGACUACGAAGUUGCACUACGGUACUGAUGUGCAAGGUCUUUAUUCCUUGAUCUGUACUACUGUACCGGAAGUACGUAAUAGUAUGUUUGUUCGUAGGAAGUAAUAAAUCAUAUUCGUGACUGGGUCAUUCGAUUGUCGAUAAUAAUAACCUUAACUCUAA